AUGCUCCACAUCCGGAUGAUGUCAGGGGAGAAGGUUGCCAGCAUACCCGUGGAAGAAGUCGAAGAUGUGAUGACCCUGAAGCAGGAACUAAGUCGACGGCACGGUUUGCCCCCACGAUUUCGGCAACAACUUGUUCUCCAGGGCCAUCCCAUGGAGGACGCAGCCAAGCUCGACACGACCACGGACCUAGACCUGGAGCUUGUCUUGCUCCCAUGGACCCUGGAAUCGGGGGCACGCUCCGAUCAAAUGGUCAACGCCGCCUGGAACAGCCAAACGUCCGAGGUUGAAUCCUUGCUGCAGCAGCGGCAGCACCCGGAUGUGGUGGACAGGGAUGGCAAAACUCCGUUGCGAAUGGCAGCUUCACACUGCCAUAUGGAAGUUCUACACCUGCUGCUGGAGGCCGCAGCCGACAUUGACUUCCAAAGUACGGCGGCCAGCAAUGGUAGGCGGACUGCUCUCAUGAGCGCUUCCUCAAGAGACGACAUCGAGGUUCUGCGCGUGUUGCUGGAAGCCGGUGCUGACAAGAAUUUGACCGACGAUCAUGGCAACACUGCCCUGAUAAGCGCCAGAAGUAUUGAAGCUGUGCGUUUGCUUCUGGAAGCUGGUGUCGACUUAAACUUAGCCAACAAGCGUGGCGAGACUGCCGUGAUGAUCGCUGCUCAAAGCAACCGCCUUGAGCUUCUAAGAUUGCUGCUUGAGGCCAACGCCGACGUGAACCUUGCCAACAAGCGCGGUAGCACUGCCCUGAUGCUGGCUUCUGAAGUAGGCCUUGGCGAAGUUGUGCAUGAACUGUUGAAGGCUGGUUCCGACGCAAACUUUGCUGGGAAUCACGGCUUCAAUCCCUUGAUGACAGCUUCUCGAAAAGCCCACGUCGAAGUUGUACGGUUGCUGCUGGACGCCGGUGUUGGCAUGAACUCAACCACCAAGGACGGUGUCACUGCCUUGAUGCUUGCUGCUGAGAAAGGGCACACUGAAGUCUUGCGUUUGCUGCUGGAGGCCGGCGCAGAUACGGACUUGGGCGGCCGGCACGGCAACACAGCGUUGAUACUGGCUUCCCAAAACGGCCAUGUUGAAGUUGUCCGUGUGCUGCUGGAAGCCGGUGCAGACCGGAACCUAGCUAACCGUGACGGACUUACGCCCUUGUUGCUAUCAAUUGAGAACGGCCAUGAUGAUGUCCAACGAAUAUUGGAGGAUACGCCUUGA